UGGCUGCAGGAACCACAAGUUCCAGACUAGGUCGGAAUUGGAAUAAUCAUAGUCAAAAUACACCCAGAUGCUCUCACACACCCAGGCGCGCGCGCAUCCCGGGGCCAAGGGGCGCACGUGAGCCCACACCCCGCGCACCCAGCCCUGCCUCUCGCCAGAGCAUCCUCAGCAGCUGCCACAGAAGCAGCCUCCUCCUUCUUUUCCUCCUCCUCCUCCCACCGCCGCCGCCGCUGCUGUGUGAUCUCCUAUCCCCUCUCCUCCUCCUUCCUCCCUCAGUUCCUGCUCCUCCUCCCACCCCUGGCUCCUCCUGUCCAGCAGCUAAGGGCAGCAGCUCUCCCUCUCUCGGGCCCGCGAAGAGGCUGGAACAGGAGCUGUGAAAUCAGUUACAACUGAAAAUGUCUGACGGUCUGGAUAAUGAAGAAAAACCCCCAGCUCCCCCAUUGAGGAUGAAUAGUAACAACCGGGAUUCUUCAGCACUCAACCACAGCUCCAAACCACUUCCCAUGGCCCCUGAAGAGAAGAAUAAGAAAGCCAGGCUUCGCUCUAUCUUCCCAGGAGGAGGGGAUAAAACCAAUAAGAAGAAAGAGAAAGAGCGCCCAGAGAUCUCUCUUCCUUCAGACUUUGAGCAUACGAUUCAUGUGGGGUUUGAUGCAGUCACCGGGGAAUUCACUGGAAUUCCUGAGCAAUGGGCAAGAUUACUCCAAACCUCCAACAUAACAAAACUGGAACAAAAGAAGAACCCACAAGCCGUUCUUGAUGUUCUCAAAUUCUAUGAUUCCAAAGAAACCGUCAACAACCAGAAAUACAUGAGCUUUACAUCAGGAGAUAAAAGUGCACAUGGAUACAUAGCAGCACAUCCUUCGAGUACAAAAACAGCAUCUGAGCCUCCUUUAGCUCCUCCUGUAUCUGAAGAAGAAGAUGAAGAAGAGGAAGAAGAAGAAGAUGACAAUGAGCCCCCACCAGUUAUUGCACCAAGACCAGAGCAUACAAAAUCAAUCUAUACUCGUUCUGUGGUUGAAUCUAUUGCUUCACCAGCAGCACCAAAUAAAGAAGUCACACCACCUUCUGCGGAGAAUGCCAACUCUAGUACUUUGUACAGGAAUACAGAUCGGCAAAGGAAAAAAUCAAAGAUGACAGAUGAGGAGAUCCUAGAGAAGCUAAGAAGCAUUGUGAGUGUUGGAGACCCAAAGAAAAAGUACACAAGAUUUGAAAAAAUUGGUCAAGGGGCAUCGGGUACUGUUUAUACAGCACUUGACAUUGCAACAGGACAAGAGGUGGCCAUAAAGCAGAUGAACCUUCAACAACAACCCAAAAAAGAAUUAAUUAUUAAUGAAAUUCUGGUUAUGAGGGAAAAUAAGAAUCCCAAUAUUGUUAAUUAUUUAGAUAGCUACUUAGUUGGUGAUGAACUGUGGGUGGUCAUGGAAUACUUGGCUGGUGGUUCUUUGACUGAUGUGGUCACAGAGACCUGUAUGGAUGAAGGACAGAUAGCAGCUGUUUGCAGAGAGUGCCUCCAAGCUUUGGAUUUCUUGCACUCAAACCAAGUGAUCCAUAGAGACAUAAAGAGUGACAAUAUUCUCCUCGGGAUGGAUGGCUCUGUUAAAUUGACUGAUUUUGGGUUCUGUGCCCAGAUCACUCCUGAGCAAAGUAAACGAAGCACCAUGGUGGGAACUCCCUAUUGGAUGGCACCUGAGGUGGUGACUCGCAAAGCUUAUGGUCCAAAAGUUGAUAUAUGGUCUUUGGGAAUUAUGGCAAUUGAAAUGGUGGAAGGUGAACCCCCUUACCUUAAUGAAAAUCCACUCAGGGCAUUAUAUCUGAUAGCCACUAAUGGAACUCCAGAGCUCCAGAAUCCUGAGAGACUGUCAGCUGUAUUCCGUGACUUUUUAAAUCGCUGUCUUGAGAUGGAUGUGGAUAGGCGAGGAUCUGCCAAGGAGCUUUUGCAGCACCCAUUUUUAAAACUAGCCAAGCCUCUCUCCAGCCUGACUCCUCUGAUUAUCGCUGCAAAGGAAGCGAUUAAGAACAGCAGCCGCUAGGACUGCACGCCUUACCCCUCACCAUCUCCCUCAUGAGUAAGACUGAAAUAAAACUCUGCUGCAGGAAAGAUGAAAGAAAAGACAGUCAAAUAGGGUGGGGGUUCUUUAACUUUCAAAUGAUUAGAAACUUCUUAUAAGCCUUUUCCUACUCCCUCAGAUUAUGUAAUUUAUUUGUAAGCCUGAAUCGCAGCCCAAACAGGGCAGCAAUGUCGAAGUGGCCAUCAAGUGGUCACUUCCA